UUGUGUUUGAAAUCAGAAGUAGUAUUAUUAUGGCUCGGAGUCACAAAGACUUCUUUGAAAAAUGGAAAAGAGAUUCUCUGACUGACAACUUACCUGGAUAUGUCAUUUACAUUUUCUUUCAUUAUUGCUUUCUGAGUUUGGUUCCAGCAAUGAUUCAAAUCUAUCUGAUAAAACUAAGUUUAUCCAUGACUCCAAGAAUUAGUGUGUGGUUGACCGACAGUUACGGCCAAGAAGAUUUUCUAGUUUCUUCAAAUUUUGAAGUUUCUGAGAGUCUUUUGUCCGAUCCGAUUUAUUCUACAGAUUCAAGUUACUCAAGCCCGAUACUUCUUAGAUCUUAGACUCCAGACUAUUCUUGAUAGCCAGGAAUUGCACG